UUACACGUUGCGGGACGCGGGAAAUGUGAAGUCCACAAACAUCUCCAGCUGUGAUCCACCGUGAAAACACUUCAUGUAUAAACCGGAGAAAAGCAGCGUGGAGAGAAAACGUCCUCCCCCGGUUAAGGUGCUCUCCUGUCAGCUGAGGAGCGCAGAUAACCAGGGGGACGCUGGCAGCGGAGACAGCUGGCUCAUCAGACCGGGAAAGGGUCGCACUCUCCCGGUGUCACUGGUGUGGAUGCAGGGGACCGUGAUGCGGGCGCAGCUGGACCAAAACACCGUCCUGCUGAUGGAUGAAACGGGGACAUUUUCUGUCCAGGGCGUCAACAACAUCCCCAAGGGGAAGCCAUGUUUGUCCCAAGGCAAGUACGUGAUGGUGAUGGGUGUGAUCCAGGCCGCCUCCCCGGAGCCAGUGAUCCGGGCGGUGAAGAUGGCAGAUCUCUCGGAGCACGCAACGCUCCACAGGCGGAUGUGGAAGCUGGAGGUGGAGGAGCUGCAGCAGGUUCUGGGUUGAGAGCAGAGGACGACCCGCUCCUGUCACUGCUCCGGAUGGAUGUGCAGUGAAGAAGACAAUCGAUGAUUAAUGGAAACAACUGAAGAAAGGAUGCGGGGCUUUGGAGGCAGGAUUCAAGACUAGAGGACAAGUCCUUCUAUGAACUGUUCACGCAGAAAUACUAUUUGUGAUUUUGUUUUCUACUGUAUUAUUUCAGCUUUGACAUCUUAUGUCAUUAAAUUAUGUUCAAAGGAACAUCGCGUCAGGUUAUGCAAUUGUUAUUAAAGACAGUUCGAAUAUGAAUGUAUACAAAAGCUGGGUUUCAUAGAGUUCAUAGUCAUUGAAUAUUAAUUGAUUGCAGCAAAUAAACCUCGUCAAAAUUAAGAAAAUGUUCAUGUGUAUAUUUGCCUGUCAUGUUCGUCAGCUGUGGAAUAGAA